GGCAAACCGUAAAAUUCCCCAGGAGUAGAAAGCAUUUUUAACUCUCUCAUUCAAUAGUUUAGUCCAUCUUCGUUGACCAUGUCCAAACUCAUUAAUUUGCAUUCUUCUUUCACUUUCAUGAGAAACCAUAAAGAUUCUUAUCAAGAACAGUACUUCUUAUCUUCUAAACUCAGAUUCAAAUCAUUCAAAGCUAGCGUUGUUGUCAAAAUCAUGCCCGACAAUUUCGAUCGCCAAAGCCAUCUGAAAGCCUUCGACGAAACAAAAGCCGGUGUUAAGGGACUUUUCGAUUCCGGGAUCAAGAAAAUUCCUCCAAUCUUUGUCCAUCAUGAUCACCAAAAUGCUGAUCAUAAUCUGGUCAAACAAGUCAACGGGAAGGAGAAGGUUCCGGCCAUUGAUUUGAUGAUGGAUGCGACGAAUGAUCAUAUCAACCAUUCUGAUAUUGUGAAUCAAGUUCGAGAAGCUUGCGAAAACUGGGGAUUUUUCCAAGUCAUUAAUCAUGGAAUUCCUACCAGCGUUCUUGAGGACAUGUUACAUGGGAUACGAUUGUUUCAUGAGCAAGAUCAUGUGGCGAAAAGCGAAUUAUACAGUCGGGAUGUGGCGAGGAAGGUUUUGUAUCAUAGUAAUAUUGAUCUUUACUAUUCGAAAGCAGCUGUCUGGAAAGACACGAUUACUUUCAACAUGGAGCCUUCUCCACCACAGCCUGAAGAAAUUCCCAUCAUUUGCAGGAAUGCUUUGAUUGAGUACGGAAAAUGUGUGAUGGAAUUGGCUGUUGACCUGUUAAGGUUGAUCUCAGAGGCUUUAGGACUGAAUCCUCGCUACUUGCAAGAUUUAGAAUGUGGUGAAGGUCAUGUAAUGAAGGGACACUAUUAUCCACCUUGUCCUGAACCAGAGUUGACUUUUGGUACCGCUGACCAUACGGAUAAUACUUUCCUCACCAUACUCCUCCAAGAUCAAAUUGGUGGUCUUCAAGUGUUGCAUAAUAGUCAAUGGAUUGAUGUCCCUCCGUUGCCCGGAGCUCUAGUCAUCAACUUGGGAGAUAUGCUUCAGAUUGUGACAAAUGAUAAGUUCAAAAGUGUUCAUCACAGAGUACUUGCAAAUAAAAUUGGCCCCAGAAUCUCAGUUGCAAGUUUUUUUAGGCCACGAUAUGGGGGUGGUUUUGAGCCGAGAUCUUAUGGGCCAAUCAAGGAUUUGUUGUCUGAAGCAAAUCCAGCGGUGUAUAGAGACACCACGAUUGCAGAAUACACAGCCCAGUUCUUGAAGGAAAGUAUGGAUGGAAGCGCUGCAUUGGCACAUUUCAAGCUGUGAAACAGAAUGUAUUUUCACAUGGUGUUUUCGUUUUUGUUUCCGUUUUAAUUCUAAUUUUGAAUCAGUAUAUUAUUCUCUCCUCUUAUGCUUUACAGUACUCUCUAUGCCUGAACUUAUUAUCUACUCCCUCCAUUCACAAAUAGAUGUCGUUGGAGGAAAACUCAAAUAUUCCAAAAUAGAUGUCGUUCUCACAAAUCGAGGCAUAUUUUGUCAAUUUUUUCUAAUAUCACCC